AUGGUUGGAAUUUUGUUAUCAUUUUGUUGUGUGUUCCAUUUUUUUGGUUUCAGUCUGGACGUUGGUAUUUACCAUCACGUUGCCAGUCACCACCAAGACUUGCUCAAAAAGGCCACUGAAAUCGAUAAUUUGCACAAUGUACUGCAGUUGACUGAAGAAAAAAUCUCAAACCUGUCCAGUUCUAUGGAUAAAGUCAAACGCAAAGUUCAAAUCCCCUAUGACGUAUUACAAGAGCACAUCACCCGUUUCAGACACUUGCAGUUGACUGCCGAAAUUCUGCGAAAGAUCUCUCGAAUCGCCUUGUUGGUGAAACGUGUUCAAGGCAGGUUUAUUGUUGGCACGUUUCUAACCACCUUCCUUUCUCUCUUAGCAAGAACUACAGAUUUGUCCAAGUUGUCUGCUUACCUGAACGAGAUGAAUUAUCUUUUCACUACAAUGGAUUGGAAGGGUAUUCAUGUACUGGAGUCAUAUAAACGCACCAUGGAUCAAAGUCGCGAAGAUAUGAUCAACCAAGCUUGGGGUUUGAUCAACGCGUCUUACGAGUUAGCAGACCAAGUUCAACUUGGUCUAGGUUUGCAGGUAUAA